AUGGAAAAGGAGAAGUUCAAUUCUCCUGCUCACCUCCUGAAGCCCCCUCCCCUCUCGGUCUCCAGCAACUACGAGGAGCUGGAACUGAGCCGACUGGGUGAGGGGGUUUUUGGAACAGUGAGCCGAUUCCUCAAAAAGGACACCAGCCAAAUCGUGGCUGUCAAAAGGCUCAAAGACGAAAGCUGCUUUGACGCCAAAAAGGAGAUAUCCAUACUAGAAAGACUGAGGUCUUUUGGCGCCCACAAGUGUCACAUUGUCCAGUUCCACGAGCACUUUCAGAAGGACGGUCACACUUGUCUGGUGUUCGAGGCCUUGGACAUCAGCCUCUAUGAUUACAUGAGGCAGAGAGACUUUGUCCCUCUGUCUCUGUAUGACAUCAGAUGGAUCAUCAAACAGCUGGCCGUAGCGUUUGACACCUUGAAGACUAUGGGGCUGAUCCAUACAGAUGUGAAACCAGACAAUAUCAUGCUGGUGGAUCAUGAGAAGAAGCCGCUCAGGGUGAAGCUGAUCGAUUUCGGGUUGGCCAUCCCAACGUGUGAGGCCGAGCAGGGCGCCCAUCUUCAGCCAAAGUACUGGAGGUCUCCAGAAAUUCUUUUGGGCCUGCAGUUUUCAGAGGCCAUCGACAUGUGGUCAUUAGGAUGCGUCAUGGCUGAAAUGUUGCUGGGCUAUCCUCUGUUCCCUGGGCGCUGUGAAUAUGAUGUGAUGAGAUUCAUCGUCCAGCUGCUGGGUCCACCACCGGAGCAUCUCUUGAACGCUGGGCUGAGAACAAAGAGGUUCUUCAAAAAACCUUUCUUCAGCUUCCGGCGACACUGGAGACUCAUGACACCAGUGGAGUACAGAGGAGUAGAUGCGCCCGACAGAGAAACCAGAAGAUAUGACUUCAGGUCUCUGGUUCAGCUGAAGGAGGCUCGAUCAACCCCGCCGCCGCAGCACCAGGCCUCAGCCACGCAGGAUGAAGCUAGAAACUGCCGAGAACAGGAGCAGGUCAACUCCCCUCUGACUCUGAGGAAAUUGUUGAAUGUACCUGAAAGACACAUUUGA